CGUCUCAACCCUUAAGUUGGAAAUGACUUCUAAUAAUGCAAGGCUACGGCGGGAGAGAGGGUUUCGACUGAUAUUGUGACACAAAGUUAGUAAAGUUGAGUCUUUCAUCACUCAGUUGAUACAAAAACCAAUGGAGGAACAUUGGACAAUUCAAUGAAGGAUAUAUUUUUUUAAAGCGUUGCGGGUUAAAAGAGGGGGAUAGCCGCUGCUCCACAGCCUGGGAGAAGACCCACUACCUGGAGGUUAUAUACAGAGAGAAGAGCCCUCAGCUGAUCUACUACUAUAGAGCACCAACUAAUCAACCAACAUUUGGGUGUCCCCCACUCCUGGAAUCCCAACAUCUGCUGAGUCAUCAGUAGUAAGUCAGGGUGUCAUGGCCACCGGGCCCAGGACACGCAGAGAUCACCCCUCAUAGUGCUUCCCCCAGCCAGCCACCUGCAGACACACACACACACACACACACACACACACACACACACACACACACACACACACACACACACUGAGGAGGCACAGGGGUGGCAAUGAUGACCACAUCACAUAUGAAUGGUCAUGUGACUGAGUCAGACGGUGGAGGAGGCGAGUCGAACCAGGAGGAGCCCCAGCAGUGGCACAGGGAGAUGGCAGUGGACUGCCCAGGGGACCUGGGUGCUCGUACCCUGCCUGUGCGGCGCUCUGCCCAGCUGGAGAGGAUCCGUCAGCACCAGGAGGACCUGAGGAGGAGGAGGGAGGAGGAUGGCAGGAACAGACAGGAGCUAGAUCUUAAUGCUUCCAUACGGCUCAAGAAGCUAUCUCAGAACCCCAAGGUGGGCAUCGAUAACCCCACCUUCGACCCCAUUGAAGGCCCCGUAGGGCCCAUGGGACUUCCACCCAACCUGGGGGGCCCUACUCUACUGGAGCUGGAGGAGCUGCUGAUGUCCCUAAAGCAGGUGCAGCACUGCCUGUCUGACGCCCAGAGCCUGGAGGACGUGGAGCUGGUGCUGCAGCUGGUCCAGAAGACUGACUUCCAGAAGGCCUUCAACAUCCACAACGCUGUGGCCCAGCACAUGAACAGGCCCAGCCCGCCCUUCCCACACACAGACCGCGCUCAGGGCCUGGCACAAGAGGUACAGUCUAUGGUUUAUAACAGCCAACACAAGGAGGGCUUGGAGCUCAACACCCUGCUCUCUUCCCCACAUGUCCAGGCAGUGCUUCUGGCCCAUGACUGUGUUGCGGAGAAGGAGAUGCAGCUGGAGCCCCUGACCCCAGAUGACCACUGUGAAACUCUCACCCAGUGGGGAGGGGAGACCGUCAAGAUAGUCUGCAUCGAGAAGGCUAGGGACAUCCCACUGGGAGCGACGGUGCGUAACGACAUGGACAGCGUGAUAAUAAGCCGCAUAGUGAAGGGUGGGGCGGCAGAGCGCAGCGGGCUGCUCCAUGAAGGAGACGAGGUUCUGGAGAUCAACGGAGUGGAGAUCCGAGGGAAGGACGUCAACGAGGUCUUCGACAUCCUGGCCGACAUGCACGGCAACCUGACCUUCAUCCUCAUCCCCAGCCCACAGACCAAACCCCCGCCCAUCAAGGAGACUGUGGUCCAUGUGAAAGCUCACUUUGACUACGACCCGUCUGAUGACCCGUACGUGCCGUGCAGAGAGCUGGGCCUGUGCUUCCAGAAAGGAGACAUCCUCCACAUCAUCAGCCAGGACGACCCCAACUGGUGGCAGGCCUACAGGGACGGAGACGAGGACAACCAGCCCCUGGCCGGGCUAGUACCAGGCAAGAGCUUCCAGCAGCAGAGGGAGGCCAUGAAGCAGACCAUAGAAGAGGAUAAAGAGCCUGAGAAGUCGGGAAAGUUGUGGUGUGCUAAGAAGAACAAGAAGAAGAGGAAGAAGCUCCUUUACAACUCCAAGCAGAACGACGACUAUGACAACGAGGAGAUCCUGACCUAUGAGGAGAUGGCGCUCUACCACCAGCCAGCCAAUCGCAAGCGGCCCAUUGCUCUGAUUGGUCCUCCCAACUGUGGGCAGAACGAGCUAAGACAGAGACUGCUGUCUAGCGAGCCAGACAGAUUUGGAGGAGCUGUCCCGCACACGACACGCAACAGGCGUGAUGUGGAGGUGAGUGGGAGGGACUACCACUUCGUCUCUCGUCAGGCCUUUGACAUGGACGCCACCGCGGGGAAGUUCAUCGAGUCGGGAGACUUUGAGAAGAACCUGUACGGAACCAGUACCGACUCUGUCCGUCAACUCAUCAACACGGGCAAGAUCUGUCUGCUCUGUUUGCACACACAGUCGCUGAAGAUUCUGCGUAACUCUGAUCUGAAGCCUUACAUAAUCUUCAUCGCUCCUCCCUCCCAAGAACGGUUGCGAGCCCUCCUGGCCAAGGAGAGCAAGAACCCAAAGCCGGAGGAGCUGCGAGACAUCAUCGAGAAGGCCCGUGAGAUGGAGCAGAACUUUGGCCACCUGUUUGACGCAGCCAUCGUGAACACAGACCAGGACAAGGCAUAUCAGGAGCUGCUGAGGCUCAUCAACAAACUGGACACUGAGCCACAGUGGGUCCCCUCCUCCUGGCUACGUUGAAGGAGCAAUAUAAUACAGACACAACACUAACCUGACACAGCACUCACUGGUUCAAUGAAGAGCUAGAGCUACCCUGGAUCAUGGACAUUAGUUGCCCAGGGGGAAGACAAUUAUUAGCUGAAAAUUAGCCUUGACUCCAUUCUCCAACCAGAAUCACAGUAUGAGACUAGUGGAAGAUCCUCAAUCAACACUCAAGCUGAAGAUGAAUAAAACACUUAAAAUGCUUAUCACUACAUGUGAUGUUGAACUGAACUGAACUGAGCCGAGCUCUUCUCUUCCCUUCUGAGACUGCCUGGGGAAAUUAAUUAUUGUCUUAUUAUUGCUCUGAUUAUUUGUCCUUUUUUUUCGUUGCUGGAUUUCUCUUCACUAAAUUAACUUUUCACAUUCCAGAGAAGUAUGUAAAGACUUGGCACUUGGUGGCAGAAAUCGAAUUAGUGCUUCAAUUCUGCUUUUGAUAACUAUUUAUAAUUGUAAAUAUAUUCUAUUUUUAAGAAGCUUUCGAUAAGAAGAACCCAUAGCUUCUAUCUAUGGCAGGGAUGGGCAACUUUGAUAGGGGUUGGGGCCACAAAAAAAUCUCAACUCAUCAUGAGGGGCUGCAGUGGCUUGCAGGUCUGCGUACCCACAUCCAUACCCAGACAUGGUCAGAGGGGGCUCUAAGUGAAAUGUUGUUGGGCCCCCCACCCCACUUUGCGAGCAUAAAAUGUCUUUGGGGGAAAGGGGCAGUGAAUGACUCCUACACAAAACUAUAGACACACACACUGGUUGUUGUACCCUUGUUGUUUCCUUGACCCCGUGUGUGGUUAGGUGUGGGUGUGUGUGUUUGUUCAGUAAUGUAUCAUCACGGAUGUGAUUUGCUCACCUAAUGAAACCAUCUGUGAGGUGAUAACAUCCCGGUGUAGGACUAUGGGUCCUGAUCAGUUAUUUACUAUAUAGGGAAUAGGGUGCCAUUUGGGACGCAGUCAUGAUCUCUGCAUCUGGCCUCUAUCCUCUAAACUAGAGCUAUAGAAUAGAAUUGAACUAUAGAAUUGUUCGAGAACGGUAAUCCCUACCCAAGCUGUCUCUCCAGGUCGGCAAAAAGCAAAACCUUAAAAGUAUUUGAAAGAUUUAAAAUGCUAUUUGAACCCUGGUCUGCACUAGAGCACAGUAUAAUGAUGAAGGUUCAUCUGAAUGGUGUUUUGACACCACAUUAAUUAGACAAUCUGAUUUGAGAGAUGGUGAAGAGCCACUUUCUCCUACUUACCUUAUACUCUUUUCACACUAUCAUGCCAACCAAAACUGGAGUGUGCUGGCUCUGAUAUUUUCACAUUUUCCUUUCCAGGAACUAUGGUGGAUCGUAACCAGGUCAGUGCAGUAAAGCUUGGCUCAGUAGUGUGAAAAGGGUACUGGAGGAUUAACCAGUCCUAACACACUACACCCCUUACCUCUACCCAAGCACUACGAGUCAUUGCUAAAUAGAAAACUGUCCUGUCCCGAAUCACAGGAUUUAAACCAACAGUGAUGAUAUUGAAGAAAGAUUAUUAGAGGUGUUUAAAAGUUAUGACACUAAACUCUUGAGGGGUAACUUUAUCUAUGUCUUCAUUUUCCUGAUCUCAGUAUUCAUCAUGCACACUUCCUGUGCUAAUCUGUAGGAUUGUGACCAUAGAAAUUGAAUUAUAUUUCUACAAGUGUAACCAGCAGUAUUCUAUUCAUUGAAAACACUAAGGAACAUAUGAGCACCGCUGUCUGUGGGAUUCUCUUAAUAAUCAAUACUUCAUAAAUGCUUUGUUUGAAAUCGAUGCAUUUUAUAAUUCACUUAAAUGCAUUAUAACCUAUCCAACUAUGCUGUAUUUUAAUCCAAUAAUAUUCACCACAUGCGACAUCUUAAAUGUGGGAUUUUAUUAUUUGUCAGUGAUUUUUCAAAGCUGUUAUUGAAAUUGUGUUCUACUUUUUGAUAUGGGUCUGAAAUUAACUCGACCGAACCGAAAAAAAAUAGUUGUUUUUGCAUCUGGUGUUUAUGAUCAUAGGUUUCAGCUCACCCUUGAUUAUAAUAUGCUGACUUUGUUUGUGUGUGUGUGUGUGUGUGUGUGUGUGUGUGUGUGUGUGUGUGUGUGUGUGUGUGUGUGUGUGUGUGUGUGUGUGUGUGUGUGUGUGUGUGUGUGUGUGCAUGCACAGAGACAGGACUGUCACUGUAAUGCAGGCAAGUAUUAUCUCUAGUAGACAAUGGGAAAUAGUUUUGCGAAGACCAUUUCACAUUUUUUUAUUUUUGGUUAUUGAUGAUAAUCAUGGUGUAUCUAGAUACUUAACAUUUGAUAUACUUGUAAUGUUAAAGAUCGAUUUAAGUACAGAGUAAUGCACCUGUGAAUGAUGACUCGAACGCCUAUCCAUCCCCCCGUUUUGGAUCAAACUCCAGGAACCGCUCAGUGCUAGCCUGAUCCCAGAUCUGUGUGUUUUACGCAGCUCCUCUGGCGAUUUGUCAUGUUUCCCAUAGAUGUUGGCUACAUAGGGCUGUAUUUAGUUUCUCAGAGUAGAAGUGAUGAUUUAGGAUCAGGUCAUCCCUAUUCAUUGUUAUUAUUAUCAAAAAAGGGGAAAUUAUCUUAGAUCAGCACUCCUAUUAUGAGAAUGGUGGCCAUUCAGAUCUGGGACCAGUCUAGUUCAGAAUGUAUAUCCCUUUUUAGUAUACACAGUACACACCUUGUGUAGAUUUGAGCCGUUAACUGGGAAGUAGAACUAAUGAAUGUAAAGUUGCUGUAUUAUUAAAAAUCACUUUCUUUA